AUGGAAUUAAAGACAGCAAAUAAUGCAGCUGGUGCACGUCAGUUACCGUGGUGGAGUAGAGGAAAUCGUAAUAAUGCAGCCUCGGCACGAGUAAAUAUCCCCAUAAAACAAUCAACUGAUAGCAUACGCGGACAGCACACAAAUUCCGGUGUCUGGACAUGGUUGAGCAAUCGUCGUGCAUCAGCCAGUCCAGAUCAAAUGGGAGCAUCAUCAUCACCAGCAGAAAAUCACUACACCCACAUGGACGAUUCGUACAGUCCGGUCGGUGUUGCUGACGAGGCAUUGUAUGCUGAACUGGACCGAGAAUCGAUACGAUCGGGUAAUCCAUCAUAUCAGAAUACAGCGUAUAGUCAAUGUGGUGAAAUUGAUCAAGAGGUACCGAUGGUACUGUCUUCAGCACCGAGUAGUGCAUAUUAUUCGGAUCUAUCAAUGACCGGUCAAACGGAACGAUAUGAAGUUGUGGGAUUAACGCAUUUAUCAUCGCCGUUGCCCAAUUGGGAAACGAACGAUAGUGGUUCGAACGGACGACGACCACCAAGAUUAGCUGCAAUUAAUGAAAGCUCAACUGUGCCGUCUGAUUAUGUGUAAAUAAUUAUGUGUUUUAAUAUUAUUAAUUAAGCAUAAAAUGAGCUUACGAAAUUGUGAUACAAAUUUUAAUUUUAUUGAAAG